AUGGCUUCGACAGUCCCCCGUGGCCCCGUGUGGGCUGCGGCCCACGCGGCCAAGUCCCCACUCCCUUCCCGCCAACCACUAUCCGCCCCCUGCCCAGGCUUCCGGCGAAGCCGACCGACGCCCCACCUGGUCCGCGCUUCGAGCCGAACGGCCGAAGCGCCAGCCCGGCCCGUGCCCGGCUACGAGCUGGUGCGGCCUGAUCGGCCCCUGGCUGCCAGUGGGCCGAUCAGCGCCGACCAGAUCGAAUCCUUCUACCAGGAUGGCUACGUGGUUGUCCGCGGGCUGGUCUCCGGGGAGCUCCUGGAUCGCGCGCGGGAGGCCGCGGCCGCCCUGGAGAGCAAUCCCCUCGGGUCGAGCAGGUACGCGGGAUCUGGAUGGUACCUGUGGGAAAAGGCGCCCGUGUUUCGCGAGCUGGCGGUAUCGUCGGGGAUGGCGGCGGCCGCGGCGCAGCUGACACCGUCGCCAGUCGGGGACACCGGCGGGCGCGAGAUGUGCGUGCUGCGGGACGGGUAUUUCAGGUUGGCGGGGGCCAACCCGGGCUGCAACUUCCACGUGGACGACGGGGGUUUCUGGCCCUCGCCCAGGGACGAGCCGCACGGUCCUGGCGUGAACGUGUGGCUGGCGCUGGAUCCGGUGGGGGAGGAUCGCGGAGGGCUGGCAGUGGCGCGCGGCAGCCAUACGCACCUGUACCUGGACUGCAGGGAGGCCAUUGCCGGGGGCUAUACUGACACCUGCAGGAUGGACGAGCUGGCUCCCGAGAAGGCUGCCCGGCUUGAGGCGGUGAAGGACUGCCCGCAGAUGGCUCCAGGGGAUGCCAUCGUCCUCACGCGGUUUUGCUUCCACCGCGGGGACCCCUUCGUGGUGGGAUCUGAGGGCGCAGCGGGCCCUGGGAUAUCGAGGUACUCGGUUCGGUACAUGCCCGGGGAGGCAGUGGUGGAGGGGCUGCAACGGAAGAUCCGGUGCAGUUGA